GUAGCAGAAGCGCUUCUUAAUCCAUGGGGCCUGGACGAUGACGAUUUUGAAACGAAUGUGCUUAUUGAUAGGAAUUUAGCGAUGGGCCUAAAAAUUGUCGACGAAGGCUAUGGAAGGACUCCAGAAAUGCGUAAAGAUGCCUUUUGGGAUGAUCAAUGGGUACCACUGUACUCAGAAGAAAGUGCUUGGGAGAAGAAGUAUAAGCAUCACGAGGGCUCGUUAAGUCAUAUAAAGUUAGUUUGCUUCGUAUCAAACUUGGUUACAAUAUUGGACCGAUCAGUGUCGCAAGUUCGGAUGGUACCAUUACAUGAUGGGCACCCAAGCAGUGCGAAUAUGCGCAGAAGAAUGAGUUCAAUUAAAGAAACGAUUGUUCCGGUCAAACCUGAGGAAACAUCCCGUCGAUCAUCCAUAGCGCAGUUCAUUCGUUCCGCUUCCAAAUUAAACCUUAACACUGAAGGCAGAAAGUUAUCCCAAAUCGCCUCCACUCCACACUUCCGCAAUCACAGCGCCAAAGAACCAUCUGUGCGCAUGUUCAAUGGCCACGGUAACGACGAGGCUCAUGUGGUUACAGUACCCGGCAGUACCCCACGAUUCAGUACAUCAGUGAGCGGUGCCACCCUGGAACCCGAAGGCAUUGCGUCACCAACGAGUGGCGAACUGUCACGAGUGAUGUCCGGGGAAAACGCUUUGCAGAUGUUUGCCAUUGGUGAUGGUGAUUUCCGUAUAGGUAAGCAUUAG